CAACCAACAAUACACUUUAAGAGAUACUUCUCUAUACUUUCUAUUAAAUAUACUUUCUAUACUUUCUUUCCUUUUUGUUUCUAUCAAAUGUCUUUUAGCAAUUCAUCAUCAAAUCAUCAUCAUCAACUCUUCAUGAUCGUUAAAGGUAAUCAUCAUUCAACUUCAACUUAUCAACUUCCAUCUACCACUUCAAAUACUACUUCAAAUCAUAUUAAAUCCAUGUCAAGAUUAGCUCAACUGGGUCGUAGAAACUUGAAAGAAAAAUCUUCAAAAUCUUCAAAAGACUUCAACAACCAUCAUCAUUCCUCUGGUCACGGUGCUUCAGUUCAAGUUUCUUCAAAUUGGGCUCAUACUCUAGCCGAACCACUUCCUGAUCCUACUCAACGUCAUCAUCAUCGAUCAAAUCAUAAACAACUACCUCCUUCUCAUCCUACUACCACUACGACUACGACUUCUUCUUCUUCAACUGCUACUAGAUCUACUUCUUCUUCAAUCUCUUCUUCUAAUGAAUCCACUUCUCAAAAUCAAUCAAACACUCAACCUAACACUCAUACUCAUACCCAUUCAACUUCAACUUCUCUUUCAUCAAAGUCUCUCACUCGUAAUUCAGAAAGACAACAAACUAUCUAUCUUCCCGCAGGAUUCGACCCUUUCAAUCCCAAACUAUCUCAAAGCCUUACCUCUCUUCCAACAUACCCUAAUCAAUCAACCACAUCACAAGCCGCCAAUCCCACCGGAUUAUGUGAUUCACCCGCUUCAAUAGAACAAGCUCCAACCGUUCAAAAGACUCGCACAGCUCUUCUCGAUAUCCUCCAAGACGGAUCCCAACAUCCACACGAGAAAUCCAUCUUUCAACGACGUCCAAGUCUAUCCAACACCUCAUCCAAAUCAGGUCCCACUUCUUCUUCAAGAAACUCGAGUGCAAGUCUACGACGACAAUCAAAUUCGACACCUAUCAUUGGACUUAACCUUGGUUUAGAUCCGCUUAAUUCAUUCGUCUCUCAUCCUCCAAGAGCUUCGACUUCGACUCUUUCGUCUUCUUCAGUUGGCUCCUCACCUCUCUUAAACAAUCAUAUCAGUCCAUUCAGUCAUCUUACUCAUCAUUCACACUUAUUCAAUCAUCCUACUCUCAUUCAUAAUCUUAAUCUUCAUGAUCAUGAACGUAAUCUGACCAACAAAUCCAAUCGAGCCAGUGGAUUACCUUUUGCUCACUCUGACUCCUCAAACUCUCGUUUCACUCGUAGGGCUUCUUCUGUCAAUACACCUAGCUUUAGUCAAGUUCAAGAUGAUCUAGAUGAUGAUUUGCCACGUUCACGUAGACCUUCUGCACCAAACUUGACAUCACCUUUACCUACAGAUCUAACCUUUAAACUGAACCCGACUUCGACUCACUCAAGAUCGUUUACAGAGUUUGGAGCGAGUUUAGAAACCUAUCGAUUUGGUACGGCUCAACUUUCGGAUGAUCUUCAAUCAGGUACCAGAACUCUUUCAAAUGAUUCGUAUUAUCGAUCUCAAGGUUUGACUCGUCCUACUCGAUUUGAUUAUGAUGAUCAACGAUAUGAGAGUGCACCUCCUCUACCUCCUUGUCGGACCAGAAGACAAUCUACACUCAAGAAUGAUUCUCUUCCUGAGAUCAAUGAUUUGUUUGUUCCAUUCGAUAAGUCUGCUAUUAUCUCCCACUCGAAUCUAUAUACCCCUCCCUCCCAGAGUGGUUCUACAGGGAGUGAUCGUGAGAAGGAUGCCCCACACUUUGUACGAGCACUUUCGACGGACAUGUCACUCUAUGCGCCAUCUGUCAGUUCAUUAGAUUCAUACUCUACCUCACAUCAUCGAUGUCGAACGGGAUCUUAUUCGAGUGGAAGUACAAGAUGUCCAUUACUCGAUCCAAACUGUCCAGAUUCAAGACGAGCAUCAGAUGCAGGCUCGAUCAUGCCCAUGAGACCGUUACCUACGAUGAUGCAAGCCGAUCAUUCGCAACCUUCUCAAACCCAUAACAUGUAUAAUUAUUACAAUCCGAAACCCAAGGGCUUUAGACAUCCAGCACCAUUAGGAUUGAUCAGAUCGAGUCCUACAAGUAUGAUCCCUUCUAGUUCAAUCUUAUCAUCUAAUCCUUCAUCAUCAUCAUCAUCUUCUUCGAAUCACAUAGGCCUUCCAAGUACUGGACCCAACGUCUUCUUACCACUCCGUAGACGCUUCUUACCCAACCAACUUGAUCAACGAACAUCAAAUACCAAACCAAGAGUGGAAACCCAAUUGUUAGGAGAAUUGUUAUUAGCCUUAGAAGAGUAUGUUGGAGCGUUUGGUCGGACGGUCAAGGUCUCGGGUUCUCAUCGAUUAGGAGCUAGUUCAUCAUCGUCGGUGGCUGCUACAGUUGUGGUGGCUGUGACGGCUGCUACUGGAGGAUCGAGUGAAUCGAAUGGAACGAACUUGUUGGAUUCGGUGGUCGAUCUUCAUAGAUUACCAUCCCCUUUAAUCGAACUUGAAGAGGAGUCAUUUAUACCGAAUCGGUGUUCUAUUGAUUCGUCAUCAUCAUCAUCGUCAUCAGAAGAAUCAGAAAUCCCAAUGAGAUCUAAAUCAGAACUUAAGAUUUCGCGAAACCAAUUAUCAGAAGUAUGUGAAGAAUUAGAAUACGUGACAAGUGAAGUGGUAGAUGUAGUACCAGCUUUUGGGGAAAAACUAAUGCAAGGACAUUACGGACCAUUAGCAGUACGGUAUCCUAGUAAUUGUAGUAGUCAUUCACCACCACCACUUUCUUCUCAAUCGAAUCUGACCUUAACGUUUAGGAAUCGAACGGCUAUGGAACGGUUCAGGGAAUAUGAACCGGGUGGAAGUAAAGAUGGAUCGGAUGGAGGAAAUGGAUGGUGGGCUGAAAGGUUAUUAAGAGAUUUAUUAGAAGGAUUGGUUUCAGAAUCAGUUGUGUCAACUAGUCCUUCGAACCUUUUGUCAAGUGUGAAUCAUAAAUCUAGAGGAACAGGUCAGAUGAAUAGGAAAGAUUUGAGUGGGGUUGAAGAAGUUGAUGAAGGUGAUGAAGCUGAAGAUCUUUUGCUUCAUACUAUUGGAUCUGUGGGUCUUGGGAUGGGUGAGACGAGUGAUCGUUUGGUCGAUUCGGGUCAUCGGGAAUUGUUGUUGGAUGAAGGUAGGAAAAGAUGGUUGGCUUAUCAAGCUCAUAAAAGAACUACAAGAUGAAGGUUUUUUUGAUCAUGUAAGAAGCGUGGAAUUUGAAAACUUCAAAAUAUGAAAAUCUUUCGGUGUGUUUGUAAUGAUGAUGUUUGUUUGAUUAGAUAGUGUGUUGUAUGUAUCCAAUCUGUUCAAACCUUGCUGUUGUUGUUCCAUUUUGUUGUUGGUCAUACAUAUCAUAUAAGAACUCCGAUUCCGAUUUCUUUUUUUUUUCAAAACUUUCAUUUUUUUUAAAACUUUUUGGAUUUGGAUUUUGGAUUUGGAUUUUGGAUUUGGAUUUUGGAAGGGUUUCAAGAGAUUCGAUCAAAGAAUUUCAGAUUGUUGAUAAAGAUGACGAGAUUUGUAUCAGUUUUAGUGGUUUUUUCAUUUCAUUUCAUUCUCAGUUUGAUCUAUUCUGGGUUACAAAGGUUUUUUUUUUCUGUGAAUAUAUUGUAUAUAUGUUUUGUUAUUUGUAUAGAAAAGCAAAGUUUUUUGGGAU